CCUAAAUUGAAUGGGGUUAGUGUGAGACUGACCACAGAAGAGAUGGCUUCUCUAAGCACCCCAGUAAUCUCUCUGCCACGUCACCCAAACUCUUCGCCCCCAACCUUCAGUACCGACCUUCGUUUCUCAAGCCACCCAGCUCUUUCACUAGUAGACCAAUGCACCAGCAUAAAGCAGCUAAAGCAAGUCCAUGCCCAAAUGCUCCGUACAGGUGUUCUCUUUGACCCGUACUCCGCCAGCAAACUUAUCGCCGCCAGCGCUCUCUCCUCGUUCUCGAGUCUCGACUAUGCCCGCCAGGUGUUUGAUCAAAUUCCGCAACCAAAUGUCUACACUUGGAACACCCUCAUUCGCGCUUAUGCGUCUAGCUCCGACCCGGCUGAAAGCAUCCUCGUAUUUUUGGAAAUGCUUGAUCACUGUUCUGAAUGUCCCGAUAAAUAUACUUACCCCUUUGCGAUUAAAGCGGCUUCGGAGCUCCGGGCUUUGCAGGUUGGAAGAGGUUUUCAUGGCAUGGCAAUAAAGGCCUCGCUUGGGUCGGAUAUUUAUAUUCUUAAUUCGCUCGUUCAUUUUUAUGGGUCGUGCGGGGAUUUGGAUUUGGCACGUCGGGUUUUCGUGAAGACUCCUAAAAAAGAUGUUGUUUCUUGGAACUCUAUGAUCACAGUUUUUGCGCAGGGGAAUUGCCCCCAGGAGGCAUUGGAGUUGUUUAAGGAAAUGGAGGCGGAGAAUGUGAAGCCCAAUGAUGUAACGAUGGUAAGCGUGUUGUCGGCUUGUGCAAAGAAGGUGGAUUUGGAGUUUGGGAGGUGGGUUUGUUCACAUAUUCAAAGGAAUGAAAUUAAAGAGAACUUGACUUUGAACAAUGCUAUGCUUGAUAUGUACGUGAAAUGUGGGAGCGUUGAAGAUGCAAAAAGAUUGUUUGAUAGGAUGCCAGAGAAGGAUAUUGUUUCGUGGACCACUAUGCUUGAUGGGUAUGCUCAGUUGGGGAAUUAUGAGGAGGCUUGGCGGGUAUUUGCCGCAAUGCCUAGUCAAGACAUUGCUGCUUGGAAUGUGCUCAUUUCUUCUUAUGAACAAAGUGGUAAGCCAAAGGAGGCUUUGGCUGUUUUUAAUGAGUUGCAGAAAAGCAAGAGUCCAAAACCUGAUGAAGUCACACUGGUUAGUACUCUAGCAGCUUGUGCUCAAUUAGGAGCAAUUGAUCUUGGUGGGUGGAUACAUGUUUACAUAAAGAAGCAGGUGAUGAAGUUGAAUUGUCACCUCACAACCUCGCUUAUUGAUAUGUAUGCAAAGUGUGGGGAUCUAGAUAAGGCACUUGAGGUAUUUAAUUCGGUAGAGAGGAGAGAUGUAUUCGUCUGGAGUGCUAUGAUUGCUGGUUUGGCGAUGCAUGGGCAAGGGAGAGAUGCAUUGGAGUUUUUCUCAAAAAUGCUAGAAGCUAAGGUGAAGCCCAAUGCUGUGACAUUUACCAAUGUAUUAUGCGCUUGUAGCCACACAGGUUUGGUGGACGAGGGAAGAACAUUUUUCUAUCAAAUGGAGCCAGUUUACGGGGUUGUGCCUGGAAUAAAGCACUAUGCUUGCAUGGUCGAUAUUCUUGGUCGUUCUGGAAAUCUGGACGAAGCUGUAGAGCUGAUAGAAAAAAUGCCAAUACCUCCUACUGCUUCUGUAUGGGGGGCUCUUCUUGGGGCCUGUAAACUUCAUGGGAAUGUUGUGCUUGCUGAAAAAGCUUGUAGUCAUUUGCUUGAGUUGGAUCCCAGAAACCACGGAGCCUAUGUACUCUUAUCAAAUAUCUAUGCCAAAACAGGGAAAUGGGAUGAAGUUUCUGGGUUAAGGAAGCAUAUGCGAGAUGCAGGAAUAAAGAAAGAACCAGGUUGUAGCUCAAUCGAAGUCAAUGGUAGCGUUCAUGAAUUUCUUGUUGGCGAUAAUUCUCACCCUCUAUGCAAGGAAAUCUACUCAAAGUUGGAUGAGAUGGCACUGAGAUUGAAGUCAAACGGAUAUGUGCCAAACAAAUCACAUCUGCUGCAAUUUGUUGAGGAAGAAGACAUGAAGGACCAUGCCCUAAUCCUUCACAGUGAGAAAUUAGCCAUUGCCUUUGGGCUUAUUAGCUUGAGUCCAUCUCAACCAAUUCAUGUUGUGAAGAAUCUUCGUGUUUGCGGAGACUGCCACUCAGUUGCUAAGCUUAUAUCUAAGCUUUAUGAUAGGGAGAUAUUGCUGAGAGAUCGAUAUCGGUUUCAUCAUUUUAGAGACGGGCACUGCUCAUGUAAUGAUUAUUGGUGAAAAUACAAGGUUUUUGCUAGACCAUAAACCUCAAACCCUACAGGAUGAUAUGAAAUUAUCCAUUUUGUUGUCCCUCUCCUCUAUAUAGCAACAUGUCGUACAAUCACAGAAAUUAGAAGAGAAGUGCCAUUAAAGUUGCCCUCUUCUCUGUUGUACAAACAUGCCGAUAAUGGAAGUUGGAAGAGAAGUAACAACGUUUUAAACUUA